AAUUGGGAUACUGACAGUAAGUACAAAAGGUUUCUUCUAAAGGAAGACAAGAAGCGCAUUGCAUGCUAACACAGAGAUUCAAAUACAAGAAGCCGGCGUUUCUCCUCCUCUGCUCAUUGCAUGCUAACAUAGAGAUUCAAAUUCAAAGAUGGCGUUUUGGGGGAUUUCAAUAACGUACGGUGGAUCCAUUACUCACCGCAGUGAAAACCCUCCAAGAAGGUUUCGAAUUACACAGGCAACCUUGGUGGAGCGAUCAGAUGUUUACAUUAUCAGUUAUAUGAGUUAUGUAGAGUGCAAAAUUGGAGAUAAAGCCCCAAUUUACAUAUGUUCAUUGAACAAAGGUUCGAUUCCCCUUGAGGUUGAAUUUGAAGAGUCUGAAGAUAUCACUUUCAGGGUUAGAGGUCCUCGAGGAGUUCAUCUUUCUGGUUAUUAUAUCAGUCAGAUCACAAAAGCUAAAACUCAUUUAUGUAAAUUGAAAGCUGCUGAAGAUGCUAGAAGUGAUGACAAUGCUCUCAGGCUGUUCAAGUGCAUGGGAACUUGUACAAGCAGAGUUGUUGUCCCGUUAGAAAAUGAGAAUGUUGCAAGCAUCAAACAUUUUGAGGAUGACACUGGCAGUAAUUUGGAAGGUUUACAACAACAAUUUAAUAUUGUUGAGAAAGCAUGUGAAAGUCAAAAAGAUGCAGUUGUCCAGGAUACUGAGAUUUCAGAGCCUCCUGCUAUGAUUGAGUUUGAAAAUGAGGAAGUUGCAGGUCCUAAAUGUCAUGGGGGUCAUGGGGAGGGAAUCACUAGUAACAUGGAAGGUUCUCAACAGCAAUUUAAUAUUGUUGAGAAAGCAUGUGAAAUUCAAAAAGAUGCUGUUAUCCAGGAUACUGAGAUUUCAGAGCCUCCUGCUUUGAUUGAGUUUGAAAAUGAGGAAGUUGCAAGUCUUAAGUGUCGUGGGGAGGGAAUCACAAGUAACAUAGAAGGUUCUCAACAAGAAUUUAGUAUUGUUGGUCAUAUAGGCUAUGUUCAAAAGGAUGAAGCACUUAAACAAGAUAAGAUUUCAGAGCCACUUGUGUUGCAAAGUGAUAAGGUUGCAUGCAUCAACAAUCUUGAAAAGGGCAUUGACAGCAAUAUGGAAGGAUCUCAGCAACAUAAUAAUUUUGAGAGAACAAGUGAUUUUCACAAAGUCACAGAUGAGUUUUGGAAUGAUGAUGGUACAAGUAUCAGGCAUCUUGAGAGGGAUGUUUAUAGUGAUAUUCAAGCUACAAUCUCAUUAGAGAAUGAUAAGGUUGUGAACAUUAAACAUCUUGUGGAGGAUGGUGCUGGUGAUACAGAAGUUUCUCUGCAACAACUAGAUAUUGUUGAAAGAACUCAUGAUAUUCAAAAAGAUGAAACAAUUGUGCAAGAUGCUGAGAAUUUAAAACUGCCUGUGAUUGUGGAGUUUGAAAAUGAGAAGGUUGCAACUAUCAUGCAUCUUGAGGAAAACAUUGCUGAUAUAGAUGAGUUAAGAAAUGAAGAAGGGGUUUGUAUCAAUUAUCUUGAGGACAUUGUGAGUGAUUCCGAAGGUUCUCCACAAGAAUUUGUUAUUGUUGAGAGGCCAUGUGAUGUUCAAAAAGAUGUGCAAGAUGGUAAUAUUGGAAAGUUAGUAGGGGAAUUUCUGAACAAAGAUGAUAUUGAAGCUUUUCCUAGUGCAAACCCUGAAAGUGAUUCAUGUGAUGAAGAAGCUGGCAUUUCAGAGAGGAUAAGUGAUCCCAGACAAAAGAACCUUGAAGGUCUAGCCAAGUUAAAAAAUGAUGAGGUGGUUUGUGUCAAUCAACUUGAGGAGGACAUUGCAAGUGAUAUUGAAAGUUCUAAACAGCAAUUUAUCAUUGUCAAGAGGACAUGUGAUGUUCAAAACCAUGAAGUUGCCAAAGAUGAUGGCAUUCUUGGAAAUUUGGGAGAGGAACUUUUCAAUAAAGAUGAGUUUGCUGUUUUGCCAAAUGCGAACCUUGAAAGGGACAAGGCAGAGUUAAUAAACGGAAAGGCAGAUAUCAGCCCAACCAUGACAAUUGAGCAAUGUCAGGCUGUUUCCAUUUCAUCAACUGUGACUGUGAUUAAAGCAAGUUCCUAUGAGAGGGAGAGAAAGGAGAAAAGUAGGAAGCAGAGGAAGUCUAGAAUUGUUGGGUUGAUUAGCAAUGAGAAUCAGGAUCAAGUUAGGGGCAACAAUGGUGGCACUUGUUCAAAUGAUUAUGCCAGGCAGUUUGAUGGUGAUUUGGUCAUCAUGGAGAAGAGAAAUGUAGAUGCAAGUGUAAGCAUGUGCAAUGAUAAGAUCAAUGAUACAUCUGUUCCAUAUACAGAGUUGGAGGUCGGAAACAGACAGCUUGAAAAGAAGAAAAGGAAAAGAAAGCAUCAAAAGGUGAAAAGGGUUGAGGAGGAUUACAAGAUCAGGCAUGUUGAUGAACGUUUGGUGCUUGAGGGGAAGAGUGCGGGGGAAGUUGGUGCAAGCAUGACUCAUGACAAGAUUCAUGAUGUAUCUGUUCCUCAUUCUGGCAUGGAUGGUGGAAACAUGCAAAAGCCUGAAAAGAAGAAAAGAAAAAGAAAGCAUCAAGAUAUGAAAAACGUUGAGGAUGAUUGCAGGGCCAGGCAUGUUGGUGAUGAUUUGGCUUUGGAGGAGAAGGGAGAGGUUGAAGUUGGUGUGCUUGAUGACAACAUACAUCAUGUAUCCGUUCCGUCUACUGAGUUAGAUGUUGGAAACAUGCAAAAGCCAGAAAAGAAAAGGAAAAGGAAGCAUCAAGAUGUGAAAAGCCUUGAGGAUAAUUGCAAAACAAGGCAUGUUGAUGAUUUGCUCCACAAGGAGACGACAGAGGUGGAAGUAGAUGUGAGCAUGAUUGGUGAGAAGCUUAAUCAUACAUUUGUUCCAUCUGCUGGCUUGGAUGUUGGAGACAUGCAAAUAACUGAAAAGAAGAAAAGCAAAAAAAAGCAUCAGGAUGUGAAAAGCACUGGUGAUAAUACCAGAAUCAGGCGUGUUGAUGGUGAUUUGAUCCUCAAGGAUAAGGGAAAUGUGGAAGCAAUUGUGAUCAAUGAUAUAUCAGUUCCGCUUGUGAAGUCGGAGGUCGGAAAUAUUCAAAAGCUUGAAAAGAAGAAAAAGAGAAGUGCUCAACAAGAUGUGAACAAUGCUGAGGAUGAUUGCAGAAACAGCAGGGAAGUUGUUGAAUCUUCAGUCUUAGAAAAAAAAGGUAAAAUAAAGAAAGGAAAAUCAAAGAUAAGAAGAAAACUUGAGGACCACAAUGGGGUUGCCAGUUAUUCAAAUGUUCUAGAUGCUCCAACCACCAUUGUAUCAGAGUCAAAAUCAGAACAUAAAAAGGAAAAGGAUUCUGAUAGUGAUGUGGUCCACAAGGAGAAGAUACAACUAAACAAGAGAAUGAUAGCAGAAGUCACUGUGAACAUGACUAGUGACAAGCUCAAUGACACAUCAGUUUCAUCUACAAACUUGGAGGUUGGGAAUGUCCAAAAGCUUAAAAAGAAGAAAAAGAAAAGAGAGCACAAGGAUUUGAAAAACAUUGAGGAUGAUUGCAGAAACAGAGAGGAGAUUUCACAGGAGCAAAAUGUCGUGGCGGGGAAGAUGCAUGGUAAAUCCAGUGAAGGACAAACUAAUUCACGGCCAAUUGUUCUUGCUCUUUAUAAUUCACAAACUAGAAUUCACAAGAAGUGAGGGCUUUUUCUCCUUCUUGAUAUUGGAAAAAUGUUCAGAGUUACACGAUUCUUCAAUAGAUUAGAACAUAAGCACAAGCCAUCGAGAAACACACCCUUAUUCGGAAUUACUUCAAGCAUGGAUUCCAUAGAGAAGUAUUUGAACACAGUAAAAAAUUGAAUUUUACAACACAGCUGAUGAAUGAAAAAAAUAAAAAAAACACUUGAGAAAUUA